CGGCCUGCCAAGUUGGAAAUAACCUAUUUUGACAAUCUAAAAUAUACAAAAUGUAAACUCCAGUCCCUUUUGAUUAAAAUUUGAAAUGAAUCAUUAUUAUUACCCGCAAUGUGGAAGUAAUGGAAGUGUUUGGAAAUUGUGUGUUGUUUACCAUGAGGAAUGGCCAGAGUUAAUAGUUUUUGAACAGGAUAAAGCCUGGAAAGCGAAGCUGACCAAAGCAGACUUGCAGGCGCAGCCCAAGUACAACAGCAAUAAUUACGCAGACAAGUUGAAAACAUUCUUUGCCAGGCCACCAGAAAAUGGAAAAUUCGAAUUUAAGGCUGGUUGUUUUAAGAUUCUGUUACCGCUUGAAGGCGAUCAACUGCAUAUGGUCUUUUUCACAUGCAGGCUAACUGAGGUCAAUCUUGCCGAAAACGCGUUAAAGUUGCUGGAUGAAUUUUACGCCUCUGACAGAAAAAAUGCCAAUGAACUGGCUACUUUGAGGCAACAGCAUGAUUUAGCUGAAUCUGCCAACAAAACAUUGAAGAGAAAAUUGGACGAGUUCCUGGAGCGCCGGAAAUCCGAAACCAUUUCGUUGCAUAGCAAUUUUCUUGCAAUUCUCAAUGAGAAAAAAAGGCACAUCCAGCACCUGAACGAUCUCCUUAUGGCGUUCAGGCAAGGCAGACCAACAGUAAAUCCGGCGGUUGAGAUGAAGAGGCGAAAAAAGUCUGCACCGGCAAAGCGCAGAAAUGUUCGCUCUAAGAAAGCUUCACCUUUGCCGUCGUCAGAAUCGGAACAGGCUGAUUCCGAUGAAAAGAGCAAAUAUAACACCGACGACUCAGCAUCUUCGCCCAGAGAACGGAAUAAUUCACCGAUUCCCAGCACAUCUGCGGCUCAAGAUCCAACUUUUGCUGAUCAAGAACUGCAAUCAUUUCAACUUCCCAGGCGAAUUCCUGUUCGGGAUGUGGUUCAAGAGGAGGAGCUUUUGCCAAGAAAACCCAUUCAGGAGCAAAUUAGUAGCAGUACCAACAAAAUCGAAGCCCUGAGUGAUACCGAAGAGGAACCUUAUGUAGAAUUCAACACCCAAGAUUUACUCGAUAACGCCUAACUAACGUCCUUUUUUGUUUCCAUUUUUAAUUUUCUUGAAAUGAAUGUCGUGUAUUAUUACCAAUAUUUUUUUUAUAUUA